UGUUCGUGUGGUGUGUCUGUCUUGCUCGAGGAACUCCGCCGCCCUUGAGAGGUGAAGCAGCGGCAACCCUAAUCCCUACCUUUUCCAAAUACCAAUCGUGGUACGGUCUCAUUCUUUGCCUUCUUGCUUCUAAUCGUGCAGUCGGCCAAUAUCUGAUUCUGGUUGCGCAUUAUUCUAAACCUUUGUUGGUUUUCGUGUUGAUCUUUCUGCUCCGAAAUUAUAGAGAGUGCUCCCUUUGUCUGGAAUCAUGGCAGCGUCUAUCCAAUUUGCCCUUCAAUCUCCUAUUACCGGAAAUAAGAGGAAUUCGACGACCUCUAUUGGAGUAUCAUCGAGAUUUUGUUAUAUUAAGCUCGGAACUGAACCUUCUAUGAGAUGGGUCUGUGUAAAGAGGAAGUGUAGUUAUGAUAGAAGAAUUUUGACGGUCAGCUGUCAGAAAGGAGUAACGUCUUCCUCCAAGGAGGGUGAGGCAUGGAAGCAGAGUUUGGACGGUGAAGCAACGCCACUGAGUGUUGUGAUGAAAUUUGGCGGGUCAUCAGUCGCUUCGGCGGAGAGGAUAAAAGAGGUAGCUGACCUCAUUAUAAGCUUUUCUGAGGAAAGGCCGGUGAUCGUUCUCUCUGCCAUGGGAAAGACGACUAAUAAACUUUUGCUGGCUGGUGAGCAAGCAGUUUGCUGUGGUGUUUCUAAUGUAUCAGAAAUUUCUGAGUUAGGAUUGAUAAAAGAGCUUCACCUCAAGACAGUUCUUGAACUCGGGCUUGACAAGUCUAUCAUAUCUGUUUUGUUGGAUGAGUUAGAACAACUUCUGAAAGGUAUUGCAAUGAUGAAAGAGCUAACACUUCGUACAAGAGACUAUCUGGUUUCAUUUGGAGAAUGCAUGUCUACACGAAUCUUUGCAGCAUAUCUAAACAAAAUUGGUGUAAAAGCACGACAGUACGAUGCGUUUGAUAUUGGUUUCAUAACCACAGAUGACUUUACAAAUGCAGACAUCUUGGAAGCAACUUAUCCUGCUGUUGCCAAGAAGUUACAUGGUGAUUGGAUUAAGGAUUCAGCAAUUCCUAUUGUUACUGGCUUUCUUGGGAAGGGUUGGAAAACUUGUGCUGUUACAACUUUAGGCCGAGGAGGAAGUGACUUGACUGCUACGACUAUUGGCAAAGCUUUGGGAUUACGUGAAAUUCAGGUCUGGAAGGAUGUUGAUGGUGUCUUGACUUGUGAUCCUAAUAUAUAUCCCAAAGCAAGGCCUGUUCCGCAUUUGACAUUUGAAGAGGCAGCUGAGCUUGCCUAUUUUGGUGCUCAGGUUUUGCAUCCCCAAUCUAUGAGACCUGCUAGAGAAGGUGAUAUACCAGUGAGAGUAAAAAAUUCCUACAAUCCUCAAGCUCCUGGUACUGUCAUUACAAAGGAGAGAGAUAUGAGUAAGGCUGUCCUAACCAGCAUUGUUUUGAAAUCAAAUAUUACCAUGUUGGAUAUAGUGAGCACUCGAAUGCUUGGUCAGUAUGGUUUCUUAGCCAAGGUUUUCUCCAUAUUUGAAGAUCUAGGGAUCUCUGUCGAUUGUGUAGCAACCAGCGAAGUUAGCAUUUCUGUGACACUGGAUCCCUCAAAACUCUGGAGUAGGGAAUUAAUUCAGCAGGCAAGUACAGAAGAACUCGAUCAUGUGGUUGAAGAACUAGAGAAAAUUGCAGUGGUUCAUCUCCUUCAGCAUCGAUCAAUCAUUUCUCUUAUUGGAAAUGUACAACGCUCAUCAUUGAUACUAGAAAAGGCAUUCAAUGUUCUUCGCAAGAAUGGAGUGAAUGUCCAGAUGAUAUCUCAGGGAGCAUCGAAGGUGAACAUUUCCUUAAUAGUUCAAGACAGUGAAGCCAAGCAGUGCGUGCCUGCUCUACAUGCAGCGUUCUUUGAGAGUGAUUCUCUCCCAGAGCUUGAGGAAGCUGGAUUUAGCGACAAUGGAGCACCAGUACCAUCCAUUUCUCUACUGUAGCCACCUACUAAAUGGAUAGAUAUGUUUCAUUCCUCAUUGGAUUCAUUUUUGGAUGAUGUAAUUGAUAAUGCUAGUCGUCCUAAAUUAAAAUUUUAAUGUCUAAAACUUAAAUCUUAGUGUCUAGUGGAUGUCUUCAUCGUUAAUGACAGUGUUAAUUAAAUCUAAAUGCCUAAUGGUACUUACUCUUAAUUUAACAUGCUACUUACUGUUUGUUACAACAUGAGGCCACCAGUAUUAUAUUAUAUUGGUCCAAGCAUGAAUGAUACGGGUACGUGACUGGUUUUUUCCUACAAUGAAUGCUGCUAUUCCGACAGUCAUGGGCAUCACAACUUGUCCUCUAUUUAAAUGAUAGACUUUUGACAGCAAUUCUUUAUUAUUAAUUUCCAAUUAAAUUGUUCCAUUAUUCUUUGGUCAACAGCAGAAAAUACACAGAAAUUUGAGUUGGCCAUGUGUACAGCUCCAGUAAGGUGUCAGACUUGAGAAUUUUCUCAUCCUCCAUGCGUUGACGCAAGCCUUCAUCUACCUUAUUCUGAACCAGUAUCAUGUGAGAUGCUCAUGAAAACUACAACACAUGCAAUUAUCUGUUUUCCUGUAAGGUUGGUCAUGUGGAGUGUUGUGUAGACGCGAGGACUUUUCUAGUGGCGUAUCGGCUUAGCGUUGUGAGGUCACUCCAACAUUGACAUAAUUUAAAGGCUUUGGUGGCGAACUUAAUUGCAAACAAAACAGACAAAAAAAAAUGAGAGGAAAAGGUGGCUGCAUCUGCUGGUUUCAGACUUAAUUGCUGAAAGGAGAAGGAGAAGAAGGAGAAGGAGAAAAAAAAAUAUUAGGAAGGAGGUUGGUAGAAAUGAGAGCAGCAGGUUAAGGCCAUGGAGAGGGAAGGGAGAAGAACACGAAGCUCCUUGAGGUCUGCAGAAAACUUGAGUCUUCCUCAGGUGCAAGUGAUUGUGAUCAGUGCCAAUAUGGAAUGCAGUCACUGCAGACAGAGGGUCUCCAAGCUUCUCUCCAAAAUGAACACAGGGUUGCUGGACUAUGUGGUGGACUUGAAGAAGAAACAAGCGACAGUGAGAGGAGUUGUGGAAGAGAACAAGAAGAGGAGAGCACAUGAAGGAAAAAGCUCCAACAAGAGCAAACCGUCGCAUUCCUUUGGACUCCGCCAUUGUUUCGGUGCUUUUAGCUCUGAGCGAUAAUAUCUAAAUGAAAUGUGUAUUUUGUUCUUAUUAUUUUACUCUCAAAAAAGGAAAUAAUUAAAGAAAUAAAAAAAUCAGAUCUGAUCAACGGAGAAUCUUUUCCUCUC